AUGGCAAUCGGAUCACUUACCUCAAAGUCAUACGCUUUCCCUCUCAAGCCCAAGGAGUAUGCUGCAAAGCCCCUUCCGUCUCUGCAAGAAUGGAAAAACUUGUGGGCAGCAUGGCAUCUUGUCACGACCAAGAUGAUUCCCGCUGAGGCGUUGAUGGAGCAGCCAAUUCCUCUUCGGAACCCCCUUCUCUUCUACCUUGGUCACAUUCCAGCCUUUGAAGACAUUCACCUCACACGAGCUACUAACGGCAAGCCCGUCGAACCAGCCGUCUAUCAUGACUAUUUUGGAAGAGGCAUCGAUCCUGAUGUGAACGACCCCACCCAGUGUCAUGACCACAGCGAACUUCCAAAGACGUGGCCUUCGCUACAGAAUAUCCUCGAUUAUCGUGAUCAUGUCAAUCAGAGGAUUAUUGGCUUAUAUGAUGAUCCAAAGACAUUUGGUAACCGAACUAUUGAGCGGGCCAUCUGGAUUGGGUUUGAGCAUGAAGCCCUUCACCUUGAGACAUUUCUAUACAUGACUCUUCAGAGCCCCAACAUCAAGCCUCCACCAGGUCCAGCCCCUGACUUCGCAGCUAUGGCUAAGAAAGCCUACCUUGAACGUGUUGAAAACCAAUGGUUCCAAAUCCCUGCUCAGGAGUUUACUAUUGGGUUUGAUGAUCCAGAGAGUGAUGAUGGCCCUGAUCGGUUCUUUGCUUGGGAUAAUGAGCGUGAGCCUUAUUCUGUCUCCAUGCCCGAGUUCGAGGCUCAGGCUCGUCCGGUUUGCAAUGAGGAGUAUGCGACCUACCUUGUCUCAACCGGCAAGAUAGAGUCGAUCCCAGUUUCCUGGACCAAACUGCCCAACUCGGAUAUUACCGGAGUCGAUGGCCACCACACCAACGGUAACGGUAACGGACUCAACGGCCAUGAGCAUAAUGGUCACUCCACCAAUGGCAAUGGAGUCAAGAAUGACGCUCUCGAGCAGUUCAUCAACACCCACGCUAUCAAAACUGUCUACGGCCCUAUCCCUCUCGCCCUGGCUCUAGACUGGCCCCUCAUGUCCUCAUACCAAGAAGCUGAAGCCUAUGCCGAAUGGGUCGGUGCUCGAAUCCCAACUCUACAUGAGGUGCGCAGUAUUCACGAGCACGUCGAGAAGCAGAAGAAGGCUGCUCUUCCGCAUAACGACGUUGAGGCUGAGGAUAAGAGAGUUGAUCCUGAGGAGAUUUUUGUUGAUCUUACAGGCUGUAAUACUGGUCUUCAGAAUUUUCACCCUACUCCUGUGACUCAGAACGGUGGACGUCUGUCGGGUUUGGGAGAUAUGGGUGGUGCUUGGGAGUGGUCUAGUUCGUGGUUUGCUCCUCAGCCGAACUUUAAGCCUAUGGACAUCUAUCCUGGCUAUAGUGCUGAUUUCAUGAAAGGAAAGCACAAGGCUAUUGCUGGUGGAUCGUGGGCUGUUCAUCCGCGAAUUUCGGGACGCAAGUCAUUCUUGAACUGGUGGCAGGUAGAUUAUCCGUAUCCCUGGGUUACUCCCCGUCUGGUGCGAGAUAUCAACAAGAACUGA